UUGGAAAAUCAAGCGUGCGAAUGACGCAGAACGAGCGAAGCAUUUUGACAGGGGAAUGUUAAAGAGAUGUAAAUAAGGGCUUUAAAAUGUAGUUUAAAGUGAAUUUCCUGGAAUUUCAUUCACGAGAUGGGAAACUGCCCCGUCCUCUAUCAUUUGUUUGGGGUAUUUUGUAUGAUUACGGUGGAAUUCUGUGUGAAUUCGGAGAAAAUAGGUUACGAUUAUGUGCAGCUGUUACAACAGAUCCCCCCCGACACACCUCUACCUUAUGAAAUUAUCUUUCCCAAGCGUGUCCUCCCCCGAGGAAAGACGGCUGGAAUAUCGACCAGGGAAUCGAAAAUCGGACACCAUGGGACAUACGAGCAUAUUGAGCAGGUGACAUUUCAGCUGGUGGUUGAUGAACAGACUCACAAAAUCAAACUGCAGAGAAAUAACGGACUCUUGUCCAAUGGCAUCAGUGUGAAGCAUUUUCUCACAAAGACUCAACAGAUUAUAUCCAAGACGGUGGAGCACUGCUACUAUCAGGGGGAAGUGAAGCGUGACGGCUGGUCAAGCGUGGCAGUCAGUACAUGUAAUGGAAUCAGGGGAAUUAUCAACCUAAAUAAUGUGACAUACAUCAUCCACCCACUGAAAGGCGAUUUAGGGAUGAGACACCCACAUCUUGUGUUUAAGGCUUCCAGAGAAAUUCUAGAGAGCUGUGGAAAUGAUUUUGGUCAGUGGAAGCCAUUUGAUCAACUUCACCCGGCCGAGUUCCGACAGAGAGUGAGCUACCUCAGAGCUGUGCAGGCCAGUAACAUGGAGCAAAAGAAAGUGAAGAAUGUCAAGCUGGGACUGAUCCUGGACAACAAAUCAAUAAACAAACUGAACCUCUCAUUGGCUGGCACCAUUGGUUACGCCUUACAGACAGUCAAUGCUAUCGAUUUGUACUAUAGAGAUCUCAACCUCCGGAUAUCACUGGUGUACCUUGAACUUUGGAAUCGUGGGAACUUGGUUACUAUGACAUCCAAUCUACGGGAAAACUUUAAACAUCUCCUCCAUUAUAAAGUGUCAACACUUGUAGACAUGCCCCAUACACUACUGCAUUUAGUCACUGGAGAAAACUUGCAGAACAAUUCGAUGGGGAUGGCAGUACCUGAUUCUGUGUGCACUGACCGAGCUAUUGGGAUUAGUAAGAACCCGUCGUUCACUGAACCCCAGAAAUUAGCGACAGUUUUGUCACACAUGAUCGGACACAAUCUGGGUCUUAAACAUGAUGAGGAUGUCGCAGGGCGAUUCAUUUAUCACCAAGGAGGUUGUUCCUGCCAAGACCAGUUUGGCUGCAUCAUGUCGACGCACGUUCUGACAAGAACAGGAUUACAGGCACGCAAGUUUUCUUCGUGUAGCCAUGAGGAUCUGGAUGUCGCCCUCAGCGUAGAUGUAGCUUCCUGCCUGGACAGCCGGUCAGAGAAAGAGGAUACAUUCAGACAGAAGUGUGGUAAUCUGAUUGUAGAGAGAGGGGAGGAGUGUGACUGCGGGUCACCAGAGAAGUGUGAAAUGACUGAUCCGUGUUGUGACCCAGACACAUGUCUUCUCAAAUCCUGGGCUCAGUGUAAAAGUGGGACCUGUUGCCACAAUUGUACGUUUCUACCGAGUCAUUUUGUUUGUCGAGACCAGGCCACAGAUUGUGACGUUCCAGAAUUAUGUCCAGGAAACAGUGGAGAGUGUCCAGUCAAUAAUUACAUUGCUGAUGGUUACCCAUGUGCUAACAACACUGGAUAUUGUAUCAGUGGUGUCUGCCCCACCCUGAGGGAGCAGUGUCAGUACAUCUGGGGCAGGGAGUCAGCAGGGGCCGACCUUCAGUGCUUUGAAAAGUUCAACCCAACAGGAAAUUUUAAUGGCCACUGUGGAAGAAAUGAAGAGACGGGCUGGUUCUCCAAAUGUCAGCCAGAAAACAUCCAAUGUGGCCUUUUGCAAUGUGAGGGUGGACACAAACUUCCCCUGCUGAACUUUGACAAGAGCUUCUCCAAAACGACUGUGUUCAGCAAUGGCAAGGAGUAUGACUGCAAGGCUAUUUAUGGACCAGCUGUAAUGUCACUGCCUCACUUUGGAUUAGUGCAGGAGGGGACCAAAUGUGGGAAGGGUAAAGUUUGUCGCAACAAACAGUGUGUCCCUAUAGCAACAGUUCCCAGCAUGCUCUGUCCCGGAUCAAAGGGGAAUUUGGCGUGUUCUGGAAAUGGGGUUUGUACACAGUCACAUGACUGCUUCUGCAACCAGGGAUGGACAGGUAGGAACUGUAGCUCACCGGCUCCUAUCACCUUGACAACAGGAGUUUGGUCCUUAUCCAGCACAAAGAGAACCACUUUCACACCCAGCACUACCACCACCACUACGGAGAAACCACCAGUGGUGGUUCCCAUGGAGGCUGUGGUGACACCGGACAACCCCGUCCCUGCUGUACCUCUUGCUAAAGAAGAUGGACUCAGCACCCAGUGGCUGAUGGUGAUCUUAGGGGGAGUCGUUCUGAGUCUGGUGUUCUUCCUCAUCUUCACCUUCCUCUGCUACAGGAGGAAGACUCCUGUGAAGCUAGGUGGAGCUAAGAAAGGUUUUCUGGGAUUCAAGAACAAAUCAAAAGGUGAUCACUCAAAAGAAAACGGAACCAAAAACCUGAAAUUUGGAUCUCUGCCAUCAUCUAUGUACAAGUCAGAUGGUUUGUUUGGACGUAGGAAGAAGAAAUCUUUAGCAAGUGAGGAGGAGAGUGAAGCAGAGUUACCUCCCCCUCCGAUCAUUGUGUGCGAUCCCAACAGUGCCAGACCAGAGCGUGGGAUUCUUAAAAACUUACAGGUGCGGGGCAGCUCAGACGAACGUCGGUCCAGCAGCUCCCAGACCGAACGAUCGGAGUCGACCUGUGACCACGACGAACGAGAACCAUACGACGAUGAAGAUGACAUGGAGGCCACAGAGGUCAGGAAUAUUCUCAGUCGUCUCCAUGGUAAUGACCCAUAUGACCCAGAAAAGUCCAUGGAGAUGCUGGACCAGCUAGCUGAGGAGACGUCCAGUUUUGAUUUUGUUCUUCCGAACCCUGGACUCAGCAGUAGCAGGUCAGAGUCACCACGAAAAAACCAAAUGUACGAUUUCCCGUGCAGCGGAGCCAAGCGACCCACUCUGUGGAAAAACAGCCCCAAAAUCUCACCCCCGAGGUCGAAGAUUGUCCGAAUGAACUUUAGCGAGUUGAUGCAGGAAAUCGACCGGCACCGCACGGUGGAAUUGUCCCCAUCCCCGGACGAACUCACUGUCCAAGUGUCUCCCACAACGUCCGAGGAGGUCAGAAGUUCAUCAACAGAUGACCGAGCAUACAAUAAUGGUCAGAGUCCUCAGUCAGUGACCAGUGGAAGCACGCGCGAUACGUAUCAACCCUUCCCACUCAAUCACUGGACAAAGCUUAGCUCCACCCCACUGUACGACAUCGACUCAUCCAUGCCCAACAUACCCCCACCAAUGUCACCUCUACAUCUACGCAGCAUUAAUUUCACAAACAUUGGGGGCCUGAAUCGAGAUUUCAAUGACACUCCACUGGGCAGCCAACUUGACAAUUGCUCAAACAACGGCACAGCAAACUCGAGAUGUGGGUAUGAGAAGAGUUCAGGGUACGGCAGUGAACACGACCCCGCGGAGAGGUUUAGUCUUGAUGAAGCUUCGGGCCCGGGGUCUCGGGCAGGGUCUACGUCACCCCCAGCGUACAGUGCUGUACUGCGUAGUGGACCUCACCAGAUUAAACUACUUCCUGUUCGCAGGCUUCACGAGACUGGAAUUGACGACCACCAGAGUCUGCAGCGGCUUUUACAAGAACUCCCAAGAAUUGAUGCUGGUGCAUAUGAGCGGAAUCCAUUAAUCAACCCACAGCAGGAGACUAACAAAAGAGGGAGACUUGACAGGAAAUAUGGUGUGUGUCCAAAGGAGGAUAUAAAUGUAACAAAAGAUGAACUCUAUGAAGAAAGCCCUCUGCUUACAAACUCUGACGUGUCAUAUGUGGGUCAAAGUGACAUCAGUGGUGUAAACAACAUGGAUGAAAGCUUUCCUCUGAUUGGAUACUCUGAGGACCUGGAGGAAAAACUAGGUCACUUAAUCCAAAAAGAGGCUCUGGGAACUUGUAUGGACACUACUUCACAGUUGUGUGAAAAUAAAAACCACACGGACUCUCAGAAGAAAGAUAAAUUAAAUGACCUUCAAAGUCAGGUCUGUGACCUUGACCUUGACAGUGCUCCCUGUAUUGACUGCAGCUUAGAGUCGAUCCCCCACACAAUGAAACAGUGCAGAAAGGUGAUGAGGAAGGGUGUACAGUCACCCAAUGUCACAAUCAGAAGUGAUCCCCCAGAGCCUGUUACCAUGACAACUUAAAUCUUACCUGGGUAGAAAUUAUUAAUUUGAUUUUUAUUGAAAUCAAUUUUUAUUUUACUUUUUUAUGUUGGAUCUCAUUUAAAUUAUUUCAGAGUUCAAAUAUUGCAAUUUUUUUUUUGUUUGAAAGCUAACCUGAAUUUUUUAUAGGUUAGUGUUGUGGCCCAAUAGCAUUUUUGUAUUGUAUUAGAUAUUAAUCAUAUUUAUUGGAUGCACAUUGAUAAAAUAUUUAUGGUUGUGAGACCCGAUGUAUUUUGAUGUUGUUUAUGUGUGUAUUAUAUAUAUGUCUUGUGAUAUGAUUUGUCUCUAGAUUUUCAGCUUAGCUUAAAAGUGAGCUUUUCUGAUAAAUCAUCCUUCAAAUUCUGUCAACAGCUAUAAAUACAGAAAUAAAUACCACAACUUUGAUGUGUGCAAUACAUAUUUAUUAAGUAUUAUAGUAAGUAUGAAUUUCAUGAAUCAUUCAUCCUAUAUUUAGUUGAUUAUAUUCAAUUUGGUUUAAGGAAAAGGAAAUUUGUUACAUUAACUGUGAACUUGACAGAAUAUGGCCGAUGAUCUACCAAGGCUCCGUGUCACUAAGGACUGUGUGUUUUAUGUUAAUUAUCAUUUGUGUGUUAUGUCUGUCAUCAUGAUACCGUAAUCAUUUUUGAUGUCUUAUAUUGAUGUAAUUUCCUACUAGACACAAAUGUCUCAUAAGAUUUUUGUUUUUGUUGAUAAAAGUGCUACAUUUUGAGUGGACUGUACACCAUUUAUAACCCUAACCCCGGCGGUGUGUAUAGGUGUAAAUUUGCAAGGCUUUAUAUCUCAUUUUGGAGGGGGGGGGGGGUAUAAUUUACUUAAUCACAAACAACAUAUUCUUAUAAAAUGACAACUGUUCUUGCAAAAAUAAAAUAUUGCAGACUUUCCUGAUUGUUUAAUUUGGUGUAUCAUCUAUUCAUUCGGAUUUUGUUGCAUAUUGAUUUACACCCUGUAGCUGUGUUGUGUACACUCCUUAUCCAAAGUAAUUUAGUUGUCAUCUGAUUGUGUUUUAGCUUUCAUCUGAUUGUAUUUUAGCUUUCAUCUGAUUGUGUUUUAGCUUUCAUCUGAUUGUGUUUUAGCUGUCAUCUGAUAGUAUUUUAGCUUUCAUCUGAUGUACAAUGUAAUUAACUUUGAUUUGAUACACAAUUUAUCUUUAAUUAUGCCCCCGUAAUCGUAGAUUCAGGGCAUAUAGGUUUUGGCCUGACCGUUUGUCUGUCUGUGGCAAAACACUUUUACCUGGUCAUAGCUUUUACACCAGAAGAGUUAGAGCUUUCAUAUUUGGUAUGUGUAUUUCUUGUGGCGAGACCUUUCCAAUGACACCAACAUUUUUGACCUGGUGACCUUAACAUUGACCUGGUUCCACUUUGUUGUAGUCUGGAAGCAUCAGUGUUUCACAAACACAUUUUGUUUGAUAAACAAUUGAUGUAUUUUAGCUUUAGUUGUACAUGUUACUUGUCAGUUGAUCUGCUGUUUGAAUUUGUUUUGUAUUGUUUUGUUUGUUUUAUAUUGUUUUAUAUUGUUUUUUGUUUUGAUACAGUAAUGUGUCAUCAAUGUCCUUCCAUUAUGAAGUUAAAUUUCAUGUAAAGUGAAACUUGUCUAAUCCAGAUAUUGUGCAGAUUCAAAAUAGUACAAGUAUAAACCAUACAUGUUUUCUGGCAUCAAAGAUUGAACUUUAUUCAUUUUGUAAAAGUACUCUGUAGUUAGUCCAAAUCUUGAAUCUCGUCUUAUCUGAAUUUUGAAUCUUGUCUUAUCUGGAUUUUGAAUCUUGUCUUAUCUGGAUUUUCUUUUUUUAUACAUUGUACAAAGCAGAUUUGGAUUAAAUAGGUUUGAUUGUAAGAUUUUUUUUGGACAUUUGUGAAAACCAUCAUUCUAAUGUGUAUCUGUCUGUGUCAUAAUGUAGUGUGGUGUAGUUUUAUACACAAGAUAUGGUGCUUGCCUUUUUUAUGUUUUAUUGUAUAACUUACAAUUGCAUGUUUAAUCUGAUACGUCCUAAUAUCAGAAGAAGAAUUAGUUGAGUGGUCAAUACGACAUAAUAUCACAAUUAGCAGAGUAGUCAAUAUGUCGACAUAACAUCAGAAAGAGACUUUUAUUUUAAAAGUGACCAGCGUGGAUUUUUCUAUUACAUUGUAUUAUGACGUAUUAAUUAUGUAUAGAUAUUUUUCACGAUAUGCUGUCGUUAAUGCAAGCUCUUGUGUUAUUGUUGCAAAGAAGGGAGAAAAUAUUUUGGAUCUAUCGGAAAUUGAAUCUGGGAACCUGGCAGAAAUGUCAUGCACUGGCAAAAAAUAUUUGUGUCAUACAGUCUCUCUAUGUACAUGAUAUCUUAUUUCUUUGACUAAUGCCACCAGCUUGUCUAGUUUUACACCUCCUUAAUUAUAGUGAAUCAUAAUUCAGAGUUGUCUUCAAGUUUUGAAAUGUAUUGAACAUGAGAACAAGAUCUGUUUACACUAAGUACACUUGUACUGGGUGUAUAAAUUUGUGUACACUUGUACCGGGAAUAUAAAUCUAUGUACACUUUAACCGGGUAUAUAAAUCUAUGUACAUUGUACUGGGUACGUAAAUCUGUACACUUGUACCGGGUACGUAAAUCUGUGUACACUUACUCAAUAUAUCAAUCUGUGUACACUUGUACCGGGAAUAUAAAUCUGUGUACACUUGUACUGGGUAUAUAGAUCUGUGUACACUUGUACUGGGUAUAUAGAUCUGUGUACACUUGUACUGGGUAUAUAGAUCUGUGUACACUUGUACUGGGUAUAUAGAUCUGUGUACACUUGUACUGGGUAUAUAGAUCUGUGUACACUUGUACUGGGUAUAUAGAUCUGUGUACACUUGUACCGGUAUAUAAAUUUGUGUACUGGUGUUCUGAGUAGCCAUGCAUUUCUUGCUCUGUGUCAAUGUCACAAUCUAUUCAUGCAGUCUAUUCAUGCAGUCAAUAAAUUUGCCAAACAUUU